AGAGGAGGCGGCGCUGCGCGGGGGCCCAGGCACACACGGGCAGGCUCCGCUCCACAGCGGCCCCGCCGCCCUCCCGCCAGGCCGCGGCGCUGCCGCCCGGCAGAGCAGCCGAGAGGAGGCGGCGCUGCCCUCCCAGAGCCGCUCGGCUUCCGCUGCCGGUGCCGCCAUUUCGCCGUGAGACAGCAGCGCUCGGCGGCCGCGAUGCUGUCCACCGCGGGAUACGGGCCCUGCCGGCCCGAGGCGGGCUGCGGGCUGGAGGCGCCCGUGCAGCGCUACCGCUUCUCGCCGUACACCUUCAACGGAGGGACUGUGCUGGCAAUUGCUGGAGAAGACUUUUGUAUCGUUGCCUCUGACACACGUCUGAGUGAAGGCUAUUCAAUUCACUCCCGGGACAGUCCAAAAUGCUACAAGCUAACAGAACAAACGGUCAUUGGAUGCACUGGUUUCCAUGGGGACUGCCUUACCCUUACUAAAAUUAUUGAAGCCAGAUUAAAGAUGUACAAGCAUUCCAACAACAAGACCAUGACUACAGGGGCUAUUGCAGCAAUGCUGUCUACAAUCCUGUACUCUCGACGUUUCUUUCCCUACUACGUUUACAAUAUAAUUGGUGGACUUGAUGAAGAAGGGAAGGGAGCAGUUUAUAGCUUUGAUCCAGUGGGCUCCUAUGAGAGAGAUUCUUUCAAAGCAGCUGGAUCAGCCAGUGCCAUGUUGCAGCCUUUGCUGGAUAACCAGAUUGGCUUCAAGAACAUGCAAAAUGUGGAACGUGUACCUCUGACCCUGGAAAAGGCUUUGCAGCUGGUUAAGGAUGUCUUCAUUUCUGCUGCUGAGAGAGAUGUGUACACUGGGGAUGCACUGAAGAUUUGCAUUGUUACAAAAGAAGGAAUUAAAGAGCAAACUGUCCAGUUACGAAAAGACUAAUUCAGUUCAUGUGUAAGCAAUGUGUAUCUGUCUGUGAUGUACAAUUUACCUGUUAUGAAGACAUUUGUCUUAUUAAAUUUUUUCCAAGAAGUUAAA